GCAGUCGGUCAUUUCUAAGGCAGCGGACAACAGCACACUCUUCCCAGCAAAUCUCGCCGCAAUGAUUCUGCUUUCGCUCGCCCUGCUGGGGCUGAUCCUGUUCCUGGGACUUCGCUACAUCUACUCGUACUGGGAGCGGCACGAAUUGCCGCACGUCAAGCCGGAGAUUCCGUAUGGGAAUUUGCGACCGGUUGCCGAGCGUCGCGAGUGCUUCGGAGUGGCCAUUUCCGAGCUGUACAAAAAGUCAACGGAGCAACUGCUGGGGAUCUACCUGUUCUUUCAGCCUGCGAUUAUGGUGCGCGAUGCGCGUCUCGCAAAGCAGAUCAUGACGUCGGACUUUGCCAGCUUUCACGACCGCGGGGUGUUUGUGGACGAACGGAACGAUCCGUUUUCGGCGAACCUGUUUGCGCUGCCCGGGAAGAAGUGGCGCACGCUGAGGAACAAGCUCACGCCGACGUUCACUUCUGGGAAGUUGCGUAACAUGCUACCGACGAUUUUGGACGAGAGCAAGCGGUUUCAAGAUUACCUGACGCGGGUGGUUGGUGAUAAGGGCGAUACGGUGGAGAUGCGGGAUCUCGCUUCGCGGUACAUUGUGGACAUUAUUGCGUCGGUGUUUUUUGGCUUUGAGGCGGACUCGAUGAACGAUCCGGAGCAUCCGUUCCGGGUUGUGGGUCGGGAGGCGGUGGCUGACAGCUUUUCGAACAAUAUUAGGAGUGCGGCUACGUUCGUGUGUCCGGGACUGCUGAAGCUGAUCCAGAUUCCGUCGAUUCCUCCGAAGAUCUCCGGGUUCAUGAUUGAUUUGGUGAAGCAACAGAUGGAGUACCGUGAGAAGAACAACGUCAGCAGGAAGGACUUUUUCCAGCAGUUGGUUGAUCUGCGCAAGGAAGAUCUGCUCAAAGGGGAAGACACCAUGAGUAUUGAGGAGUGUGCCGCGCAGGUGUUUUUGUUUUACAUCGCAGGUUCGGAAACGACCUCCGUCACCAUAACCUACACGCUGCAUGAGCUCAGCCAUAAUUCGAAGGCGAUGGAACAACUGGUUGGCGAGAUUGAUGAAACACUUGCAAAGUCCAACGGAGAGAUCAACUACGACAUUGUCAAAGGAAUGCGAUACUUGGAUGUGUGCGUGAAGGAAACCCUCCGGAAGUAUCCAGGACUUCCGAUCCUCAACCGGGAGUGCACCCAGGACUUCCAGGUGCCACAGUCGAAGGUGAUCAUCAAGAAGGGAACGCAGAUCAUCAUUCCGAUCUCUGCUUAUGGAAUGGACGAGCGGUACUUCCCCGAGCCGGAAAGCUACAUCCCGGAGCGGUUCUUCGAGGAAAGCAAGAACUACGACGACAAUGCGUACCAGCCGUUUGGAGAUGGUCCGAGGAAUUGCAUCGGCAUUCGAAUGGGUGUGUUUGUGGCCAAAGCUGCCCUCAUAAUGCUGCUGUCCAACUUCACCUUUGAGGCUACGCAAGGACCGAAGAUUGAGUUUGCCGCUUCCAGCGUUACAUUGCUGCCUAAGGGUGGUAUUAAGUUUAAGGUUGGACAGAGGAAGGUCAAGUCGGCUUAAGAUAGUAAUUAAUCCGGUGAUAUUACUAGUUAGUCCUGGCCCUGGCCGAGAGGGCACAGUUGAGUUACGACUACUCCAACAGAGUGUGUGUGCGGUCUACAAUCUGCAACAGUUUCUAGCCUGGAUGGGAUGAUCCGUUGCCCCGCAACAAGAUGUGAUGUGCUCGACCCGGCAAUCUGUGCCUGCGUAUGUUUCUAAAUGCUGGCAAAUAAAUCAUGAUUGAAUUAUGUUCAUUAGA